AACUUAGCAGUAUAAUUAAUAGAUACACGAUUCAAUUCAACUCGAGAUACAAAUAAAAAUGGUGGUUCAAUUCCUAAAAUAUUUUGCCUAUUGAAUUUUAAUUAUUAAUACUACCUAUAGUAAAUUCCAAGCAUAGUUAUUUUUAUUGUAUGUAAUCCCAUUGUAAUUGUGCAUCUGGUGCGAGUACGUGGUGCAUGUUCGCGAGAGUUGUGUAUGACAAAUAACAGGUUGUUGAAGACUCAAGACACCGAAUUCGCUGCGAUUUUUUUAUACAUACAGUGUACUUUCCAAAUAUAAAGGAAAAGGAUCGUUAAAUACUUGAGAAAACAGAGUGUACAGUGCAAACUGACGUUGUUAAUGAAAUAUCAAUAUCCUAGAGAGGCAAGACAAGCUAGGCGACUCAGUUUCAAUCAGCAUGUGACCCACAUCUGAGAUUUCUCUUCCUUGUAUAUUGUUGUUUUACUAAUAUUAUUGCUUGAAAACCUGACGCCGCUGGUGUUGAGCUCAAUAUACGACGACGAUCGACGAGCAACAUCGCUAUGGAUAGAUAUGACAUUUUAUGAUCUUGUCACGGUUGGAUACAACCCGUGUGGGGUCGAAAAUACAACAAUAAUUCUUCGUACUUCAAUAAUACCGUCUGCAGUACUCUCCACAAAGGUUCAACAUUGUAGACCCAACAAGUGGUGAUUGUGAAUAAAAUAGUUAAUGUGAAGUUUUAUGAAUAAUUCUGAAGUGAAGUUUUUGUGGUGUACCAAAAUGAGAUUAAGGCAUUUUUACAUUAAAUAAAGUCACAGAAGUGUCAAACAAUGAAGUAGGAAUGGCUCAUGCAGAAAAUCACAGAUAUAUUGUGCAGGUCUUUGUGGGGGCACUCUCUGCACAGUAUGAGGCUCUGUCAGUGGAAGCCUCCAAGCAGACUAGCUCAGAAGAGAUAGUUUGUUGCAUCGCCGAUAAACUCAACCUGAACGAUGGAUCCGGAGGACCUUAUGAGCUUGCAGAGGUGGUCGGAGACAUGGUCAGCGGGGAGUGCAAGGAGAGACGGCUGGGGCCCAGCGAGUCCCCCGUCGCCGUUAUGAUGCUGUGGCCCAACAACAACUCCGGACAGUAUUAUAGAUUUUAUUUGCGCGAAAAAAUCCCCGACGAGCCAUGGAUGGAGAACUUCUCAGUGGACCCGCAACUGAUAAAGGAUUACUUCCAACGGUUCCUUUAUCAGCCGAAGGACCGCGAGUAUCCCGAUUUGUGCCAGUUGCCCGAACUGAACGAGCAGACUUUACUCGACAAUCUGAGAGCCCGAUUCGCUGCCGGAUACAUUUACACGUACGUCGGCUCCAUACUGAUAGCGCUCAACCCGUUCAAGUUCUAUCCGAUCUACAAUCCGAAGUAUGUGAAGUUAUACCAGAACAAGAGGAUAGGGUCGAGUCUACCCCCGCACAUCUUCGCUGUCGCCGACGCCGCGUACCACUGUAUGCUGAGGGAGCGAACGAAUCAAUGCAUAGUGAUAAGUGGGGAGAGUGGUUCAGGGAAGACAGAAAGUACAAAUUUCCUCCUUCAUCACCUCACUGCGUUGAGUCAGAAAGGAUCUCAUGGCAGCGGCGUCGAACAGACUAUACUAAGUGCUGGGCCGGUGUUAGAAGCGUUUGGGAACGCUAAAACGGCACAUAACAACAACUCGAGUAGAUUCGGCAAGUUCAUACAAGUGAACUAUAAGGAAAAUGGCAUGGUUCACGGUGCGGUGGUCCAGAAAUACCUUCUGGAAAAGUCCAGAAUAUGCAGCCAGGGUCGCAACGAGAGGAACUAUCAUGUGUUCUAUUAUCUGUUGGCUGGUGCCUCCGAACAGGAGAAGGAGCAGUUGCAUUUGCUCAGUGUGGACAAAUAUAAUUAUUUGUCGAAGACUGGUUGUAGUGUAGUGCCUGGUGUUGAUGAACAGUAUGAGUUCUCGCGGUUAAAACAGUCGAUGGACAUGGUUGGUUUCACCCUGGAUAAGCAGCGGAGGUUGUUUGCCGUCCUCUCUGCCGUACUACUAUUAGGUAAUGUGGAAUUCCAGCCUCAACGCAAGUCCUACCACCACGACGAGGCAGUGGGGGUGCGCAACCCUGAGGUGGUGUCUUUAAUAUCAUCCCUUCUGCGAGUGAAGCAGGAGACAUUGCUCGCGGCUCUCACUUCUAAAAGGGCGAGAGCGUCUGGCGAGACACUAGUUAUUAACUAUAGAUUGCCGGAAGCGAUCGCGACUCGAGACGCGAUGGCGAAGUGCCUGUACGGCGCUCUGUUCGAUUGGAUCGUGAUGCAGGUCAAUCACGCGCUGCUCUCCAAAAAGGACACGCUGCGGGAACAUCAGGGGCAUAGUAUAGGCGUCCUCGAUAUAUUCGGCUUCGAGGACUUCGGUCCGAGCAACAGUUUCGAGCAGCUGUGCAUCAACUACGCCAACGAGCACCUGCAGUACUACUUCAACCAGCACGUGUUCAAGUACGAGCAGGAGGAGUACCGGCGCGAGGGCAUCCGCUGGACCGACAUCGGCUUCCUCGACAACACGGGCUGCUUGCAACUCAUCGAGGGCAAGCCUGGCGGGCUGCUGUGCUUGCUGGACGACCAAUGCAACUUUCCGUGGGCGACGAAUGAAACACUUUUGCAGAAAUUUAACUCCGUGCAUGAAGACAAUACCUUCUAUGAAAAGCCUCAAAGACGAGAACCUGCGUUUGUCGUCAAGCAUUAUGCUGGGAGGGUCAAAUAUCAGGUCACAGCGAUGCGGGAAAAGAAUCUAGAUCUAAUGCGACAGGACAUAGUCAGCGUACUGAAAAACUCGUCGCUGGCCUUCGUGAGGGAACUGGUCGGAGUCGACCCUGUAGCUGUAUUCAGAUGGGCCAUCGUACGAGCUUUCUUCAGAGGGUACUUCGCAUUCCAAGAAGCCGGCAGGCGACACCGUGUGAACAGAGUCGAUGGCGCUUCCAGGGUACAGAGAGUUUCCAUACAAGUGCCGAAUGAUAGCAUUAUCAGCCAACUGGCGACUGUGUCGUCAAUCAAUCUCGCAAUCAACCGCAUUGCAACGCCUCGCGCGGCGAGCAAGGCUCGGGUCGGCGACAGUAAGCAGCGGGGCGAGGCGGCGGCGCGCGGGCGCGGGGGAGGGAAAAGUUACAGGAUCGCGGAGACGCGCACGCGCCGCCUCGACCGCGAGCGCGACGAGCGCUUCGACGACGCCGACGUGCUCCAGCGCGCCAGCCUCAUUGUCAUGAAAAACAAGUCAUUCAGGCCCAGAGAGCGGGCGAAAAAAGGGUUGAAAAACUUGCAAAGUGUGAAGACUCUAGCGGGCCGCACGGCCGCGCCCGCCGGCAAGCGGAAACAGCCGCUAACUGUGGCGGCGCAGUUCCAACACUCGCUUGCGGCGCUCAUGGAGACGUUAAAUCAAGCCAACCCGUUUUUUAUAAGGUGUAUAAAGUCAAACAGUGAUAAAGUACCGAAUGUGUUCGACGAAGAGACAGUACAAAGACAGCUGCGGUACACGGGCAUGUUGGAGACUGUGCGCAUCCGGCAGGCGGGCUACAACGUGCGCCUCACGUACGAGGAGUUCAUACAGCUGUACCGCAUCCUGCUGCCCAAGGGCUUGCUGAGCUCGCAGACGGAUGUGCGCCACUUUCUCGCCACGCUCAACUUGGACAGAGACAACUAUCAGCUGGGAGCAACAAAGAUCUUUAUGCGCGAAAGCGAGCAAACGAAGCUGGAGUACCGGCUGCACCAACAGAUAAUGGCGUCAAUCAUCACCAUACAGAGGUGGUUUCGUGCUGUGCUCGAAAGGCGACGGUUCCUGGCGCUGCGUCGCGCUUCGCUUAUCAUACAGGGUUACUGCAGGCAUUGGCUAGUGCUGCGGUACGAGGCGGCAGUGCGCGUGCAGGCGUGGUUCCGCGGAAGCCGCGUGCGCCGCUGGUACGUGCGUCUCCGGGACUCGGUGCAGCUGUUCCAGGCGGCGGCGCGCGGGUUCCUGCUGAGGAAGACCCUCCCCGAGCUGCGGAGGAGGAUCACACCGGUUCGAACCAGACAUGAGAGUAAACCGACACUCGACACUGACGGCUUCAAGACCAGACCACCGAGUAUAGAACAGCUGAAGAACAUUAUUGAUAAGCAACUAAAUAUGCUCAUACAAGAGGAAGCGGAAAAAACAAGACAACUUCGAGCUACACAGUCACUGCCGAUAGCGAGCUUAGAGAAAAAACGCGAUAACCUAAUAGAAUGCUCCGCGGCGCAAACGUAUAACAAGAGAAGAGUGUCUAAAACUCAGAAUAUUACUGAGUUGCCGCUGAAACAAUCAAAUCCUACUCUAAUUCACCAAGAAGCCAACGAAUCGUCCCCGGACGAGAGUUGGAACGUCAACACGAACAAGUACCAGCAGGGUAUCGUCGCGUGGCCCAACAAGAUCACUGCCGAAGAUCUCGCCAACGAGCUGCUGUGGCUCAGGAUUGACCAGAAUUAUCUCAUGGCUGAGAAGAAUAAGAUACGGGAGCGAGAAUUGGCGGAAUCAAUAGCGAGCAGUAGUGAAGAGUACCUGCGACAAGUCGGCGACUGGAGUCCGGCGGAGAGUUCCGACACCACUAAAAGUAGUUCCAGACGGACGUCCCCUCAAGUGUACCAACGCAGUCUGUCCAGCACGACGCUGGAGCCGCCGGCGCGCGCGUUGCACAGUCUGCCUCCAGUGCGACGCGACCCGCGCGACCAACGCGACUCGCGCGACCAACGGGACCAUCGCGACUCGCAAAGGACCGACACGAGCUCCGACUCCUUAUGUGUGCCGAUGGGGCGUACAGAGGCGCCGCCCGCUCCACCAGUGCGUGCUGCGCGCCGCUCGCCGCGCCGCUUGCCCGACCGCGUGGAGCACGAGCCGCCGCCGCUCGCCCUGCCGCGCCAGCCCGACCAUCUCGACAUCAAACGCGCGGCGUCCGAAGUGUCAGUGGUGGGCAACGAGACGCUGCGGCGCCGCAACUCGGACCCCGCGCCCGACCCGCGCGCGCCCGUGCGCGCCGCGCCCGAUUACAUCGGCCACACCGGCAACGGCCUGUUCGGCAUCGCUGGCCACAGAUUCCGUAAAGGAACAAGAUUCGCGAAAGGAGACAAAUGUGUGUACUGCCAUCAAGCGAUCGACGCGUUUAUAACUCAAGGCCAGAGAUGUAUCGACUGCAAACAGCUCUAUCACACUAAAUGUAUACAGAACAAAGGCGUCAUCACAAUGCCCUGCCCCAGCCCCGUCACACUAGCGUCCAGGGGACGUCACAAAAACAGAAAACGAAUUAUGUUGAACAAAGAGUCGCCAUAUAAUUUAAUAACGGAUCAGUCCAAAGGACCCGUCAGUUCAAAUUUCAAUUUGACCGGAACGUCCGAAUUUAUGGAUCGGACGGACAAAAUAAUAUCGGACGCUACGGAACUGCAGGCGAUGCAGCAUUUCAUCACAAAGAAAAUUUAUUUAAUGGAGUCGUCCGAGAAUGAGAAACAGUCUGAGGUGGACAGGGUAUUCAAGCACGCGCUAAGAGAGUUCAAAGACAACCUGGUAGCGACGUACAGUGUUGUGGAGACCAGGGGGUCGGCUCUCAAGUACAAAGACCUGAUCGGGAACUUCCUCCACGUGAUGGAGACGGUGUGUGCCAGAGAAGGCUCCACGUUGUCCAUCACAAUGGGAGUCAACGCCUUCAGGGGGUUCAUGGACGAGUUCAUGAGCCAACACGACACUGAGAAGGCAAGGACUAAGAGAAAAAAGGAUAAAAAGAGAAAAGUGGACGACCCCAUCCAGUACAAGGGGCACACGUUCAUACUGUCGAUGAUCAACAUCCCCACCGAGUGCGAGAUCUGCAAGACAUUCUUCAUGUGGCCCAUCGAGCGCUCGCUCAUUUGCCAGACGUGCAGAUUGGCAUCGCAUAAGAAGUGUUACAUGAAGGUGAAUACAAUGUGUCGCUCGGAUUCGGGAACGCCGUCAGCUGCCAUAGUGGGCGCUGUGGAUGCAGGCGGACGGGAACAGUUCGGCGUCCUUAAACGUGGAAAGGUGUUUGGCAUACCACUGAGCGAGCUUCCGACCGGCGAGGGCAAUAUACCAUUCGUAGUGGACAGACUAUUCACAACCAUCGAGAUGACUGGCCUGUACAUUGAAGGGCUGUACAGGAAGAGUGGACUGAGUUCGAAGGUGCGCGAGUUGCGGCGGCUACUGGACGAGCGGCCCGACGAGGGCGUGGACCGGCUGGACUCGUACGCCGUCCACGUGCGCGCGUCCGUGCUCAAGUCCUUCUUCCGCGAACUGCCCGAGCCGCUGCUCACCUUCGACCUCUACGACGACUUCAUACUCGCCGCGGAGAUAUCCGACCCGCAGGAACGUGUGUCGAGUAUCUUUACCAUACUGAAAAAGUUACCCAAACGUAACUACGACCUGGUUGAGAGACUGAUAUUCCACCUGGCGAGGGUGGCGCUGCGUGAGGAUCACAACAGGAUGGGGCCCAACGCGCUGGCGAUAGUGUUCGCGCCGUGCAUCCUGCGCACGCACAAGGUGCAGCCCGCGCAGGACUCGCUGCACGACAUCGCGCGCCAGACCUCCUGCCUCGAGGCCAUACUCAUCGACAAGCUCAGCAAUACGCGAGGUGCGCUGGCGGAGAUCGCGACGCUGGACGAGGCGAGCGCCACCGCGUCGGACCGGCUCGACACCAUCCGCGCGCACAGCCUGCGCCCGCGCCCCGAGGAGCAGAUCCUGGAGGGGCACAUCCACGAGAUCGAGAAGGAGAAGGCCAUCAUCACCUCCAACUUGCCCACGCUCGUCAGGGCGACAUCAGACGACGAUUUACUAUCAACCACAGACCACGACGGCGAGUUUGGCAGCACCGAUGACCUCAGCACCGGCGCCUCCUCGCUGCGCUCCCAGCGGCUGCUGCACCGCCAGCUCUCCUCCGACGACCCCAUCAUGGUGUAGAGUAGACCCCACAGCCCGGCCCCAGCACUGCCGCCUAUAUACUGCACUAGAAAGUUGACACUUAGUCGAGGUAAAUACAGUAUCAGCACUACGGCGUAUAUACUUCACUAGACACACCAGUGGGCUUAACAUGCAUCAGUGACAUAUCUCGUGAAGAGGUAAAUGGCGACCAAAAGCGGUAGAGUUGUCCCAUUCCUAGCUCUUUUGUCCCGAAGCAAUGAAAUAGACAGCGAUAUUUCCGGUUGCGCCGCUAUUGGUCGAUUUGUCUUUCCUGUCUCGAGAUAUGUCGUAGGGCGUAUCUUUGGACUUAAGUAGGUUUAAGAUGCGCAUCAAGAGAUAACGAAAUAAUUUUGUUUUCUCUUUCGGUACGAUGGGACGAAAGAUAGUGUUCUAUUCCCAAAAAUAUUCCGUUUUCUCUUGACUUAUAGCAGAUGUUCUAUUUAUCACAAGGUGGCAAACCUUGUGAUAAAUAGUAGUCCGUAGUUGCGGACUGAUGUGAGAUAGGAUGGGAUAGGCUGUUUGUAUACAUGUCUGUGCCAUAAUGUUUUUGGAAAAAAAAAUAUAAAAAAUCAUCACAGACUAGAAAUAAGAUUAUAAUUUUUUUUUUCAAAUUUCAAAUGUACUGAUAGAGCGAUUUUUUUUCUUUCAUCACUAAUUGGCAAUAUAUAUCUCUGUUAGGCCUAGCAUGCAUCAAUGACGUAAAUCGUAAAGAGAAAAAGACAUUGUCGACCAAUACAGGCGGAGUUCUCUUUCAUUCCAACACAUUGAAAGUUUGAAUUUUACAUUUCUGGGGAUUUUUAUAUUUUUGGUCGGACUAUAAAUUAAGAUUUUUGUAAAUAUAAGUUCAAUAAAAUAAACCUAUUCUAAAAUUUACACUUCACAAAAAAAACAGUGAUUUUUUUUUAGGGCCAUGGUGCAUUUUUAAAAGUUAUACAAUAACAUAAUGGAUUUUCGAUAUUCUGCAACUAUUUGAUAUGUGAAUUUACGAAAUUGAUAAUGAAUAAUUUAAUAUUUAAAACUGGAGUACACGGAAAAUAGUUCUUGUAUAACUGAAAACAAAAUAUGUGGUGCAUUUUAAACAUUUUCCUUUUAUGCUUCUAUCAUAAAUAUAGUUUUUUAUGGUAUUUACUUUUUGAAAGGUUUUUAUAAACAUCCAGUAUACUGUUCAUUCAUGUUAACAUGAUAGUUAACUGUAGGUGUCUCUAAUACUUGAGAACCAGCCAUCAAUUAAUCAACUAAAUAAAGGUUACAAAUGUCAGUUGCCAUAGCAACUAUUUGAAGAUGAGGAGGAAAUGAAGGUCAUGGCUCAUUUCGAGCCACAUAGCAAUCGACUACCUCCUCUUCAUAUAGCAUGGUAUAAGGGUCUAUCUAAGAGUGAUGAUAGCCCAGUAGAUAUGACCUCUGCCUUUGAUUCCGGAGAGUGUGGGUUCGUAUCCGGUACGGGGCAUGAACCACCAACUUUUCAGUUGUGUGUAUUUUAAGAAAUUAAAUAUCACGUGUCUCAAACGGCGAAGGAAAAACAUCAUGAGGAAACCUGCAUACCAGAGAAAUUUCUUAAAUCUCUGCGUGUGUGAAGACUGCCAAUCCACAUUGGGCCAGCGUGGUGGACUAUUGGCCUAACCGUUCUCAUUCUGAGAGGAGACUUGAGCUCAGCAGUGAGCCGAAUAUGGGUUGAUAAUGAUGAAGGGUCUAUCUUAAAAAAAUAUUCCCAUUAUGGAUAAGAGGUCGGACGGCUUAUUCGCGAACUACAAUCAACUAUUCAGUACAAGUAUAGUAAGCAUUUAAGUAACUACGUUUUUAAAUGAAACUAUCCAGCUAUUUAUAUUAUUGUUUGGUUGGUGAUUACCGGCUUGCAAUCUAAAAAGAUUUUUUUUUGACUGUUUUAAAAUAUAUUUCUUAUUACAAAGGUUUUAUAACAUGUAUACUCAAUACUCAUACAUAAAUGUCUAGUUGAUUACAAGUGAUAUCACAAAAGGUAUGUAGGCAGUUUUUAAUCAAUUUGGGACGUUUUUGUUACUAAAAGAUUUUAGGCUGGUGUACCAUCUGCCUUGAUAUGUAGUUUACAGCUACUUAUUAUGUAAAUAGUAGUCUAUUUAUAUGUUAAUAAUCAAGUUGGUAAUUAUGUUUUUCAAAGUAAUUUUAGAGACAAUAGAAAAUACUAUUUGAUUUUUUGUUUUUUAUUCAUUGCGUUACAAUUUUAUUGAAAAUUUUGAUUUUGAUACAAUAAUUAGGAUCUUCAAUCACUUUUAAAAAAUGGAUAGGGAUGUCCUUUAAAAAUGUCGUCUUUAAAAUGGUCCCUGUGUAGUAGUCUUGGUUAAAAUAAUGCAAAUUCUGCAUUUACAAAGUGCCAAAAAAAAUGAAAGAUUUGGACCUGGCACAUAACCUAAGAUAAAAUUUUUACAGUGAUAUCUAGAUAAAACACCAUGUAUUAAUACUAGUUGCAGAUAUUAAACUAUCUUUUUUUAAAAACUAUGACAAGUCUUUUAAAAAAGAUAGAUAGCACAUGUAAGAGAGAAGAUAUCUGCCCAAGAAAAGUAACACUUUAUGGGACUGUGCCGUUUUUUGUCUCUAAUUUGGUCGUGUAAUUUGAUAUACAUAACAUUGUAAAUUAUUAAUUGUUUGUGUGGCUUAUGUUACAUUGAAAAUCAUACUUACCCGACUUGGCGUUACACUUGUUUAUAGAAAUAAAUGUUAGAAACAUUUGGUGUAAGUGUUCAUUUACACGAGCGGUCAGUGACGUCUCGGCGGCAGCCAACGGCAGUCGAAUGCCGCCGAGAAGUCGCUCACUUCGGUCGUCGGUAGCAGUUGCCGCUCGUGUAAAUGAACCUUAAGCCGCGUGGUGUAUCCUAGUGUACCUUGCUUGUAUUUUAUUCGUUUCAUAUUCUAAAAGACUGUCUAUUGUUAAGCUAUUUGAAUUAUUGUUAAGUCACAAAAUUUCGUCUGCUUUUAAUUAGUUAACGAUCAAACAACGAAUAUCUCUGUGACAUUUAAUUUUAUGUACUAAACAUACUUUUAGCGCUAAGUUACUCUGCUUGAUAUUUGUGAUUUACGAACUCAUAUUUUUAUAUUAGGUACAAUUAUAAUAAUUAAUUGGAGGCCAUUUUAUAUCGCGAUGUUAGUUUGAAUCUCAAAUUAUAAUUUAAUGUUAUGUUUUAUGUCGUUGACACAAAAAUUGUUAUAAGUAUCUUGAAAUUGUGCCGAAAUGCCGAAUGAAUUUUAGCAAAAAAUGAAUUCAAAAAUUUCUCUUUUUAUUGGGGGUUGUGCCACAGUAAUCUACUGUACUUUCUGUGCCUUCAACUUAUUUGCUUUCAACAAGCAGCAGUUCAUGUCUAGAAAUGUUUAGAUAUUGUUGUUUUUUACUAAAUGUUAAUUGUCAUAUUUUAUGUAUAUUGUAGAAUUUUAGAAUCAUAAUGAUUAAUCAUUAGCAACAUACAACUAAAUCUUAAAAAACAAUAUUUUAUAUAAAAUAUACCUUUGAAAUGUUUAUAAUCCACAAAUAACUAUUAUUAUUGCUUUAUAAUUAGUAUGUGUAGGUUUUUGAUAAAUGUUCGAUGUGGCUCCAUCUUAAUAUGUACAAGUAAAAAUCUUUGUAGAUAAAAUAAAAAUCCUUGUAAAGUAUUGUAAAUAUUAGAACUAUUAGAAGUGUAACAAACUUAGUUACUACUGAACAUACUGAUUGUGACAGUUUGUUUUAAGUUAAUUAGUAUGUAGGAUAUUCCAUGUUUUAUGAUUUAUGGUGUUUCAAAUUUGAACUGGUGCCUGAUGAUUAGUUUUAUGAAUUUUAGGUUUUAAAAAUUUUAAUUGCAUCUAGGUACUUGAAUUGUUAAAAACAAUUUUUUUGAAUAAAACACUUAAUGUGUAACUUUGUUUGGGAUUCUACAAAAGUCAUUUUAAAUCUGAAAAGUUACUAAGAUCAGGUGAUAAAGAUUUAAAUAAGAUAUUAAUUUGAUAUUCUUGUUAUUAUUACAUUAAAAAAUAGCAAUGUGUUAGCAGAAAGAACAUUUUGUAACUGCUAAGGACCAACAUUUUUCCAAAUACAAUAUUUUAUUUUAUAGUAACAGCUGCCGACUUAUCUUCCUCAUAAGCGGUUUGUAAUAUACUAAUUUUAUGUAUAUUAAUCAAUCUACUUUUAGAAGUUUUAUAAUGUGUCAAUAUAAUAAUUAUAAUGAAAUGUAACCAAAAUAUUAUACUGUAUACAAAUUAUGAUAAAAAAAUAAACAAUUGCUGUGGACAA